AGAAGAAGAACCUCAUCAAAAAAAAUAAGUAAACAGUAAUUGAUUUUGAAAGGAGAAAAAGGAGGAAGAAGAAGAAGGAGAUGGCGUUAGUGUGGUUAGAAGUAGCUUUGCCACUUGGAAUAAUUGCUGGAAUGCUUUGUAUUAUGGGUAACGCUCAGUAUCACAUUCACAAAGCCGCUCAUGGACGGCCGAAGCAUAUCGGUAACGAUAUGUGGGAUGUCGCCAUGGAGAGAAGGGACAAGAAGCUGAUGGAAGCCGCCGCUUCUUCCAAAUAGGAAGCGGUGCCAGUGGAUUUGGGAAGGAUUAAUAAAUGCUCAUCAUAUACUCCAGCAUAGCUUAUGAAGACUGAAGAGCAGUUUCCUUCAUAUUUGUAUACUUUUCUUUUGUUUGCAAAUCUGGAUGCAUUGUGAACUGCUUCUAAGGAUGAAUUUCUUUGUCCGCCAUCAAAAUUGCUUCUUAACGGUGACGUUUUGGAAUUGAAUUGUUUGAGCUUUAUUGAUAUACCAUUCCUUGUGCC